UAAUUAUGGGAAGAACUAAUAAAAAAAUUCAGAGAAAGAAAUUAAUCUAUAAAAAAUUGCCAAUACAAGCAAUUAAAGAAAAUGUGACUGCGAAUUUGGAUUCCUCGUCGGUAAAAAAAAUUACAAAGAAAAGGGGAAAUGCGCAUCGUAAACGGAAAUGUCUAUUUCAAAAAGUGGGUCUUAUUAAGAAGCAACAAUUAAGAGACCAUGGGAAACAUUACGGGAAAACUGAAAAUGUUAUUGAUUUGAAUCCUUUGAAAGAUUCCUUACCAUCUAUAAAAGACAUUAUCGAAUUAAGCAAAGACAAGGCUCAACUUAAAACGGGAGUGGAGGAAAUUGACGAGUCACCGAUAAAGCCUAUAAAGCAGGAGACUGGUAAAGCCAGCGUCAGAACCCGUUUAAGAAGGAAGAAAGAAAAAUUUAUUGCACAAGUUAUAGCUUAUCAAGAUGAGUUGAAAGCUCGAGAUUUUAAAAAGAACCCCAGAGAGUCUAUUCGAAACCGUAUUAAAUUUAAAGUUGGUUUAUUUUAUGACUAACAUAACGUAGAAUCUUAUUUAAUAUUUUUUAAAUAUUGCUUUGGAAUAAAUCUCGCCAUAAAAUUACUGAAAAUU